AAGGACCCGAAGCCGAAACACCGGUAGGAGCGGGGGGGUAUGCAACCGUUUCCAACCUUGGUCUGAGGGGACUAUCUCGCAGCGACCAUGCCCCGUAAAGGCACCCAGCCCUCCACCGCCCGGCGCAGAGAGGAAGGGCCGCCGCAGUCCCCGGACGGCGCCAGCAGCGACGCGGAGCCCGAGCCGCCGCCCGGCCGCGCGGGGAGCCUCGCGCCUGCCACCGCAGAGACUCCAAGUGAGGAAAUAGAUAAUAGAAGUUUAGAAGAGAUUUUGAAUAGCAUCCCUCCUCCCCCACCUCCAGCAAUGACCAAUGAAGCUGGAGCUCCUCGUCUUAUGAUAACUCAUAUUGUAAACCAGAACUUCAAAUCCUAUGCUGGGGAAAAAAUUCUGGGACCUUUCCAUAAGCGCUUUUCCUGUAUUAUUGGGCCAAAUGGCAGUGGCAAAUCCAAUGUUAUUGAUUCUAUGCUUUUUGUGUUUGGCUAUCGAGCACAAAAAAUAAGAUCUAAAAAACUCUCAGUUCUAAUACACAAUUCUGAUGAACACAAGGAUAUUCAGAGUUGUACUGUAGAAGUUCAUUUUCAAAAGAUAAUUGAUAAGGAAGGGGAUGAUUAUGAAGUAGUUCCUAACAGUAACUUUUAUGUAUCCAGAACGGCCUACAGAGAUAAUACUUCUGUUUAUCACAUAAGUGGGAAGAAGAAAACAUUUAAGGAUGUUGGAAAUCUUCUUCGAAGCCAUGGAAUUGACUUGGACCAUAAUAGAUUUUUAAUCUUACAGGGUGAAGUUGAACAAAUUGCUAUGAUGAAACCAAAAGGCCAGACUGAACAUGAUGAGGGUAUGCUUGAAUAUUUAGAAGACAUAAUUGGUUGUGGACGGCUAAAUGAACCUAUUAAAGUCUUGUGUCGGAGAUUUGAAAUAUUAAAUGAACACAGAGGAGAGAAGUUAAACAGAGUUAAGAUGGUGGAAAAGGAAAAGGACGCCUUAGAAGGAGAGAAAAACAUAGCCAUUGAAUUUCUUACCUUGGAAAAUGAAAUAUUUAGAAAAAAGAAUCAUGUUUGUCAAUAUUACAUUUAUGAUCUGCAGAAACGAAUUGCUGAAAUGGAGACUCAAAAGGAAAAAAUUCAUGAAGAUACCAAAGAAAUUAAUGAGAAGAGCAAUAUACUGUCAAACGAAAUGAAAGCUAAGAAUAAAGAUGUAAAAGAUGUAGAGAAGAAGCUGAACAAAAUUACAAAAUUUAUUGAGGAGAACAAAGAAAAAUUUACAAAACUAGAUUUGGAAGAUGUUCUAGUUAGGGAAAAAUUAAAACAUGCUACAAGUAAAGCCAGAAAACUGGAAAAACAACUUCAAAAAGAUAAAGAAAAGGUUGAAGAAUUUAAAAGUAUACCUGCCAAGAGUGAGAAUAUCAUAACUGAGACAACAACUAGAAACAAUGCCCUUGAGAAAGAAAAAGAAAAAGAAGAAGAAAAAUUAAAGAAAGUUAUGGAUAGCCUUAAACAGGAAACACAAGGGCUUCAGAAAGAAAAAGAAAGUCGAGAGAAAGAACUUAUGGAUUUCAGCAAAUCCGUAAAUGAAGCACGUUCAAAGAUGGAUGUAGCCCAAUCAGAACUUGAUAUCUAUCUCAGUCGUCAUAAUACCGCAGUGUCUCAAUUAAGUAAGGCCAAUGAAGCUCUAAUGGCAGCUUCUGAGACUCUCAAAGAAAGGAAAGCUGCAAUUGGAGAUAUAGAGGCAAAACUCCCUCAAACUGAACAUGAACUAAAGGAGAAAGAAAAACAACUUCAAAAACUUACACAAGAAGAAAUAAAUUUCAAAAGUUUGGUUCGUGAUCUUUUCCAAAAAGUUGAAGAAGCGAAGAGUUCCUUAGCAAUGAAUCGAAGUAGGGGGAGAGUCCUUGAUGCAAUAAUUCAAGAAAAAAAAUCUGGCAGAAUUCCAGGAAUAUAUGGAAGAUUGGGGGACUUAGGAGCAAUUGAUGAAAAAUAUGAUAUUGCUAUUUCAUCCUGUUGUCAUGCAUUAGACUACAUUGUUGUUGAUUCUAUCGAUACGGCCCAAGAAUGUGUAAACUUCCUUAAAAGACAAAAUAUUGGAGUUGCAACCUUUAUAGGUUUGGAUAAGAUGGCAGUGUGGACAAAGAAAAUGACCAAAAUUCAAACUCCUGAAAAUACUCCUCGAUUAUUUGAUUUAGUAAAUGUAAAAGAUGAGGAAAUUCGCCAAGCUUUUUACUUUGCCUUACGGGAUACCUUAGUAGCUGACAACUUGGAUCAAGCCACAAGAGUAGCAUAUCAAAAAGAUAGAAGAUGGAGAGUGGUAACAUUACAGGGGCAAAUCAUAGAACAGUCAGGUACAAUGACUGGUGGUGGAAGCAAAGUAAUGAAAGGAAGGAUGGGUUCAUCAGUUGUUGUUGAAAUCUCAGAAGAAGAGGUAAAUAAAAUGGAAUCACAGUUGCAGAGAGACUCUCAAAAAGCAGUGCAAAUUCAGGAACAGAAAGUACAACUGGAAGAAGCAGUAGUUAAGUUAAGGCAUAGUGAACGAGAAAUGAGGAAUACACUAGAAAAGUUUACUGCAAGCAUCCAGCGUUUAUCAGAGCAAGAAGAAUAUUUGAAUGUCCAAGUUAAGGAACUUGAAGCUAAUGUACUUGCUACAGCCCCUGACCAAAAAAAGCAGAAAUUGCUAGAAGAAAAUGUGACUGCUUUCAAGACAGAGUAUAACAAUGUGGCUGAGAGAGCUGGUAAAGUGGAAGCUGAGGUUAAAAGGUUACACAAUAUUAUCGUAGAAAUCAAUAACCAUAAACUCAAGGCCCAACAAGACAAACUUGAUAAAAUAAACAAACAAUUAGAUGAAUGUGCUUCUGCUAUUACUAAAGCCCAAGUAGCAAUCAAGACUGCUGACAGAAAUCUUAAAAAAGCACAAGACUCUGUCUUUCGCACAGAGAAAGAAAUAAAAGAUACUGAGAAAGAAGUAGAUGACUUAACAGCAGAGCUAAAAAGUCUUGAAGACAAAGCAACAGAGGUCGUAAAGAAUACAAAUGCUGCAGAGGAGUCCUUACCAGAUAUCCAGACAGAACACCGUAACCUACUUCAAGAACUUAAAGUAAUUCAGGAAAAUGAACAUGCUCUUCAAAAAGAUGCACUUAGUAUUAAGUUGAAACUUGAACAAGUAGAUGGUCAUAUUGGUGAACAUAAUUCUAAAAUAAAAUACUGGCAAAAAGAGAUUUCAAAAAUAUCAUUGCAUCCCAUAGAAGAUAAUCCUGUUGAAGAGAUUCCACUUCUAAGCCCAGAAAAUCUUGAAGCAAUCAAGAACCCAGAUUCUAUAACAAAUCAAAUUGCACUUCUGGAAGCCCAGUGUCAUGAAAUGAAACCAAACCUUGGUGCCAUUGCAGAGUAUAAAAAGAAGGAAGAAUUAUAUUUACAACGGGUUGCAGAAUUGGACAAAAUUACUUAUGAAAGAGAUAAUUUUAGACAGGCAUAUGAAGAUCUUCGGAAACAAAGGCUUAGUGAAUUCAUGGCAGGUUUUUAUAUAAUAACAAAUAAAUUAAAGGAAAAUUACCAAAUGCUUACUUUGGGAGGUGAUGCUGAGCUGGAGCUUGUAGACAGCUUGGAUCCUUUCUCUGAAGGAAUCAUGUUCAGUGUCCGACCACCUAAGAAAAGUUGGAAGAAGAUCUUCAACCUUUCAGGAGGAGAGAAAACACUUAGUUCAUUGGCUUUAGUAUUUGCUCUUCACCACUACAAACCCACUCCCCUGUACUUCAUGGAUGAGAUUGAUGCAGCCCUGGAUUUCAAAAAUGUUUCCAUUGUUGCAUUUUAUAUAUAUGAACAAACAAAAAAUGCCCAGUUCAUAAUAAUUUCUCUUCGAAAUAAUAUGUUUGAGAUUUCAGAUAGACUUAUUGGAAUUUACAAGACAUACAAUAUAACAAAAAGUGUUGCAGUAAACCCAAAAGAAAUUGCAUCUAAAGGACUUUGCUAAACUUGUUUAUACUGAAGAUUUCUCAGAUUGAAUCACCACAGAUUCAGCGUACUGUAUUUACUGACUUUCUAUUUGUA